GGAGGGAGACAGCAGAAAGCAGGAGUCUGACUAACUUUCAUCUUCGCUUGCACACAUUACAGCGUGUACAAAUCUUUGGGUGGAACUUCUAUUGUCUGGUUGGUUUGUGGAAUCAUUUUCACAGAGGUCUGGAAUUAUUAGUCUUUUUCCCACAGGAAAGAAAUGGCACUCAGACAAGACUCAGAUAAAGAACCACGAAUUGAGCUCUUCAUAAAGGCGGGUCAUGAUGGGGAGAAUGUGGGGAACUGUCCCUUCUGCCAGAGACUCUUCAUGGUUCUUUGGCUGAAAGGAGUCAAGUUCACAGUAACCACCGUUGACAUGAGGAAGAAGCCGGAAGAGCUGAAGGAUUUAGCUCCAGGUACUAACCCUCCAUUCCUCCUGUACAAUGGCACGCUGAAGACUGAUUUCAUAAAGAUCGAAGAGUUCCUGGAGACCACACUCGCCCCUCCUCGCUAUCCUCAUCUCAGUCCCCGCUACAAAGAGUCAUUUGAUGUUGGUGCUGACAUUUUUGCCAAGUUUUCUGCAUUUAUCAAGAACAGCCCAAACAAUUCCUUCCAUGAAAAAGCCUUAUUGAGGGAGUUCAAGCGUCUAGAUGACUAUCUGAACACUCCACUUCAGGACGAGCUCGAUCAAAACAUCAGCAUAUCCAAAAGAAAGUUCCUCGAUGGCAACCGCUUGACACUGGCAGACUGCAACUUGCUACCAAAACUGCACGUCAUCAAGGUUGCUUCCAGGAAGUACUGUAGUUUUGAGAUUCCUGCUCAGUUCACUGGAGUGUGGCGUUACCUGCAGAACGCACGCGAGAGAGAAGAAUUCAGCCAGACCUGUCCAGCUGACAUUGAAAUUGAGAAAACCUAUCUGAGUGUGGCCAAGAGGAACUGAACUUCAUAUUACUGAGGACAUAUGGGGUUAAAUGUUUAAAUAGUGUAAAUAUGUGAACAUUUCAGUUUAUUAAGUUUAUACACUCUAAAAAAAUGGUGCUAAAUAGCACUAAAAGUGGUUCACUGGCUUGUUAACAUAGGGGAACCACUUUAAGUGCCAUAUAGCACUUAUCUUUGUCAUAUGGUGCUAGAACCAUAAGAGGUGCCAUAUAGAGCACGUUAACCACCCCACUGAAGAACCAAACUGGGCUUAGUGGUGCUAUAUAGCACCAUGACCACCACAAAGAACCCCUGAAGAACCUUUUUUUUUUAGAGUGUAGGCAUCUACAUAGUUCACACAGUUAUAAAUAUAUUACAGUAAACACAAAAGGCACACUGACUGAACUCAGUUUGAUUAUGCACUUUCAUUGUGUCUGUGAUCUCAGAGCCCAUUGGAUUUACUAGCAUACUUUUGUGUGACUGCUACCGUCAAAUAGGCUUUAUUUUGGUAGUUUUAGACGUUAUAGGAUCUUUUGCAAACGAUCUUGAGCACAACCGGCGAGUUGUGCUUUUAACAGCAUGUAAUGUUUUUGUGCAUAAUGUAUAUAUGUAUUUUACAUUCAUUAUGGUAUAUUUUUGGUUUUAUGUAAUGUAUAUACAGUAUUUUAAUCAUCUUUAAAAAUGAAUUGAAACACAAAUCAGAGUCAAUGAGUAUUGCAUCAGUAAUGGUUGUUUUGUAUUAAAGGUUAUUGUUAGACAUCACGGUUGUUUAAAAAAGAGAUUAAACUGCUUUCUUUCAGAUUUUACUUAAAAUAAAAUUAAUAUCAUACAUAUCA